GGACUAGGGUAAACCCACAAUCACAACGUCAAUCCCUCAAACAUAGGAAAAAAGAGCGGGACAUCACCUUCACGCUCCCUAGUCUCUACUUCCCUCUCGAGUCUCCAGGCUAUCCUUUUCUCCCACUCACCGAGCCAACUCGGUCACUGGUCCAGCUCACACAAUGUCGGUGGGGGCUCGGCAACUCGCAUUGCUUGGCGAAUUCAAGCCCUUCGGCUUAAUCGCAGAAGCCCUGGACGGAAAGCCCGCGGAUAAUUUCACCGAAAAGUUUGACUACUUCCUAUUCGAUCCCCAGCUCGUCCGAGAGAGAGACGAAGCCGGUGAAACAGACGCAUCGGCUUCGACGUUCAGCGCGCGGAGCGAUCACGAACUUUUCAUUAGAGGGAAUCGGAUAAUAUGGACCACUGGUGCACGAGUAUUUAAGAGAUUGACCUUACCCUCCACCGUCAUUAAGGUGUGUUGGUGUCGCCUGGGUGACAUGGAUGAAGCUCAGCUUUGUGUCUUACAAAUGGAUUCUUUAACAAUUUACAACACAUCAGGUGAGGUAGUAUCUAUUCCUCUCCCUCGUACCAUCACAUCGAUAUGGUCUCUGCCAUUUGGUUUAUUAUUUCAGCAGGCAGCUGAAGUGUAUUCAUCAGCACAUAUUCCUUUUUCAUCUUCAAGUCCUCCCUUAUUGGGCGCACGUGACAUACCCCGUCAUAGGAGAGAAAUUGGUCAUAGUCCACAACAUAAUUUUGGAAUUUUGAGUGCAUGUGAUAACAUUUUUAAUGGAGACACAAGUUUGAUGUGCUCACAUCUAAUUCUAAAGGAUCCGCUGGAAGAACUGCAGUUGACUUAUAUAGAAGAGAGAGGAAAAUUGAACAUAAUGAAGGAAUUUGACGAAAGAACAAUAUGGACUAGUGAUCAGAUUCCUCUGAUGGCAUCAUACAAUAAAGGAAAGAUGCAACACUCUGUGUGGGUUGCAGAAGCAGUUAAUCCCAACCUUGAAGUGGCAAAUGCUAGUUUAACUAAUGCAGUUCCUGCUGAUGUAUUGCCAAAACAGUUCUCUUUCCGUAGAAGAUGGCAGGGUAAGGGUGCCCAGGCAGCUGCUUGUAAGGUUUUUCUGGCAACUGAUAAUGAUGCUGCUCCUGUAAUUUGCUUUCUUCACCAAGAGCAAAAAAAAUUGUUGGCUGUAAGGCUACAAAGUGUUGAAAUAAAUAAUGAGAUUCUCUUUGACAUAAAACCUGACAUGAGCUGGAGCAUACCUGCUGUUGCAGCUGAACCUGUAAUUGUUACACGCCCGAGAGUUAAAGUGGGAUUGCUACCGUAUUCAGACAUCUUUGUUUUGACUCCAGAAAAUGGCCUUCUUCUUUAUUCAGGAAAGCAAUGCCUUUGUAGGUACGUGUUACCAUCUUGUUUGAGCAAAACCCGAGUUUCACACAAUUUGGAUUUUCCGGAAACGUCAUUUGCGUCGCAUGACUUAAAGAUCAUAGGAUUGGUCGAUGCUGUUGAGGGACGUAUCAAUGUAAUAGUAAAUAAUGGACAGAUGUUUCGAUGUGCAUUUCGAAGAAGCCCUUCAUCUUUGUUGUCAGAUGACUGCAUCACAGCAAUGGCUGAGGGGCUCAGUUCAGAUUUCUAUGGUCAUUUUCUUGGUCUUCUUUGGAAAGAUGGUGACUCUGCCUAUUUAUCAGAUGCUGAUUCUAGUGUUAAUUCAGAAUGGGACUCUUUUUGUAGCAUUAUUAUGAAAAUGUGUAAAAGCUCGGGUGGCGUUUCUCAAGAUUUUUCAAAUUUGGUGUCACCCUCAUCGUGGGAGUUUCUUAUUAACAGCAAAUUUCACAAGAACUACAAGCUUAACUCUUUUACUGGAAUUUCUUCUGGAAUAUCACUCGAUGUGUUGGGAUUUUCCACUAGGUCAAAUUCGGAUGAUGCACAAAGUUUGCAAAAACCAAUUUAUUCUGAGCUAUUGAUGGAGUGUUUAGAUUCUCUUCAUGCAGUAUAUGAGAGUCUAAAACUGGAUAUUCUUCGCAAAAGGGACUUGGAGCUUCUGGCUGUUCUACUAUGCAAUAUUGCUAAUUUCUUGCGUGAGGAAAGCUAUUUAGAUCACUAUCAUCGUGAUUUUCCUGGUCUUUCCAAUAAAGUUGGGAUGUGUAUGACCUCCUUUUCCUGGAAAACUGCUCCAAGUUUAUUUAGAUGGCUUGAGAACUGUUUGCGACAUGGAAGUAGUUCUGCUAAUAUGGAUGAUCUUCCACCUUCAGUUUGUAAAGAUGGCAGUUCUGUUGUGAGUUGGGCCCGAAAGAUAGUCUCUUUUUAUAGCUUAUUAUCUGGUGCUGAACAGAUUGGGAGAAAGCUUUCAUCUGGUGUUUACUGUAACAUUGCCAUGGGAUCACAUUGCACAAAUGAGGAGCUUACAGUUUUGGCAAUGGUUGGGGAAAAUUUUGGACUGCAACAGCUGGACUCACUGCCUUCUGGUGUUUCUCUUCCUCUGCGACAUGCAUUGGAUACUUGCCGGGAAUCGCCUCCCUCUGACUGGCCUGCAGCUGCAUAUGUGCUCCUUGGUCGAGAAGAUUUAGCUUUGUCUUGUUUGGCGUGCUCGUGCAAAUCUAGGGAACUUGGGACCCAAACCCAUGUGAACUUGAUCUCUAUGUCUACACCUUACAUGCUGCAUUUGCAUCCAGUAACAAUUCCUUCUGCAGUUUCUGAUACGAUUGGGUUGGAAAGCACCAAAUUGGAGGAUACAGAUUCUGUAGAUGGAUCUAUGACAGAUGGUAUGGAGCAUAUAUUCAACUCUAGCACACAGUUGCGUUAUGGUCGUGAUCUGCGAUUGAAUGAGGUUCGACGACUUUUGGGCUCUGCAAGACCAGUGGCAAUUCAAACAUCUAGUAAUCCUAGUGCCUCUGAUCAGGACCUCCAACAGGCUCAACUAUGGAACCUUGCUCAAAGAACCACUGCUCUUCCUAUUGGUCGUGGUGCAUUUACUCUUGCGACCAUAUAUACUCUGUUGACAGAGGCCUUUACAGUUCCGAAGCUUGUUUUAGCAGGUCGGUUGCCUGCCCAACAAAAUGCAACUGUCAAUCUAGACCCGAAUUUACGGAAUAUACAAGAAAUAAAAUCUUGGCCUGAGUUUCACAAUGCUGUUGCUGCUGGACUAAGGCUGGCGCCCCUUCAGGGGAAAAUGUCAAGAACUUGGAUAAUAUAUAACAGACCUGAGGAACCAAAUGCUGUUCAUGCUGGGCUGCUUCUUGCAUUAGGAUUACAUGGAUACUUGCAUGUUUUGAAUAUUACUGACAUAUACCAGUAUUAUAAUCAGGAGCACGAAAACACAACUGCAGGAUUAAUGCUUGGCCUGGCAGCUUCUUAUAGGGGGACGAUGCAACCAGCAAUAUCAAAGUCUCUUUAUUUUCAUAUACCUGCUCAACAUCCAUCUUCGUAUCCAGAGUUGGAGUUCCCAACCCUCCUGCAGUCAGCGGCAUUAAUGUCAGUUGGGCUUCUUUAUGAAGGAUCAGCGCACCCACAAACGAUGCAAAUUCUAUUGGGUGAAAUUGGUCGUAGAAGUGGAGGUGAUAAUGUACUUGAAAGGGAGGGUUAUGCUGUUUCAGCAGGAUUUUCAUUGGGUCUUGUUGCAUUGGGUCGGGGUGAAGAGGCACUUGGUUGCAAAGACACAAUGGUUGAUCGACUGUUCCACUACAUUGGUGUCAAAGAAGCUCGUAAUGAACGAUCGCCUUUCUUGGCUUUAUCAACAGAGGAACAAAGUCGUGGUGCUCCACAGAUGAUGGAUGGAACGGUGGUCAAUAUUGAUGUGACAGCACCUGGAGCUACAAUUGCUCUAGCUUUAAUGUUUUUAAAGACUGAAUCAGAGGCAAUUGUGUCAAAGCUUUCUAUACCUCAUACGCAGUUUGACUUACAAUAUGUGAGGCCGGAUUUCAUAAUGCUUCGUGUCAUUGCUCGGAAUUUGAUAAUGUGGAGCAGGAUUCAUCCUUCUGAAGAUUGGAUUCAGUCCCAAAUUCCUGUAAUUGUCAAAAAUGGUGUCAUAGGCCUCACGGUUGAUGCCAAUGAUUUUGAUGAUAUGGAAGCGGAAGCAUUUGUACAGGCUUAUGUUAAUAUUGUUGCUGGAGCAUGUAUUUCUCUUGGGUUGAGAUUUGCUGGCACAAAGAAUGGAGAUGCACAGGAGUUACUUUAUGAAUAUGCUAUGUACUUCCUUAAUGAGAUCAAGCCUGUUUCUGCUACAAGUGGAAAUAUAUUCCCAAAGGGAUUGUCUCACUACAUUGAUCGGGGCACAUUGGAGACGUGCCUUCACCUCAUUGUUCUUUCCCUCUCUGUGGUUAUGGCUGGUUCUGGACAUCUACAAACCUUUCGAUUAUUAAGAUUUCUCCGCAGCAGGAAUCCUGCUGAUGGGCAUGCUAAUUAUGGUAUUCAGAUGGUGGUUAGCUUAGCCAUUGGUUUCUUGUUUCUUGGGGGAGGAAUGCGAACAUUUUCCACUAGCAACAGUUCUAUUGCUGCUUUACUGAUCACUCUCUAUCCACGCUUGCCUACUGGACCAAAUGACAAUCGAUGCCACCUCCAGGCAUUUCGGCAUUUGUAUGUCCUUGCUACGGAGGCUCGCUGGAUCCAGACAGUUGAUGUUGACACUGGUCUACCGGUGUAUGCCCCUCUUGAAGUUACUACUAGGGAAACUGAACAUUAUGCAGAAACAAGUUUUUGUGAGGUUACCCCUUGUCUUCUGCCAGAACGUGCUGUUUUGAAGACAAUACGUGUUUGCGGCCCUCGGUACUGGCCGCAAGUAAUGGAGCUUUACCCUGAAGAUAAAUCUUGGUGGACUUUCAGGGACAAGAAUAACCCAUUUAAUUCUGGUGUCCUGUAUAUCAAACGGAAGGUCGGAGCUUGUUCAUAUGUUGAUGAUCCUGUGGGCUGUCAGUCUCUGCUGUCACGAGCAAUGCACAAGGUAUUUGGCUUGACAAGUUCUACAUCAUGUGAAUCAACUACUGUCCGUGGAAAUGGGCCUUGUACAGUUACAGUUGAUCAGUUGGUCCGUACCUUCUCAUCUGAUCCUAGCUUAAUCGCUUUUGCACAACUCUGCUGUGACCGUUCUUGGAAUGACAGGUCUGAUGUUGAUUUCCAGGAAUUUUGCUUGCAAGUAUUAUUUGAGUGCGUGAGCAAGGACAGACCAGCUCUUCUACAGGUUUAUUUGUCAUUAUACACGACAAUUGCAUCUAUGGCUGAUCAGGUUACCAGUGGUACUAUCGUUUUUGGUGACUCACUCUUUAUCUCUAGUCUAAAACUUGCACUGACGUACACUGAAGCUUUGUUGAGUGGAAGAUUGACCACUUCUAAAGGCGGCGUUGUUCAAUCUAAAUUCAUAGGGUCUCUCAGAAAACGGGUGGAUGAUCUCCUAAAUUUUUCUCCAGAAUUGAAGGAAGAUUUGUGCAAUUAUUUGAACUCUGGUAGGUGGCCAAUCGGGGGACCACUGGGAGAGAAUGGCUCAAUACUUCUUUCAUGGUACCUUCAGUGGUUUGGGGUACCAGCACCAUCUGCGAUCAAGAGAGUAGUCAAGAAAAUCAAACCCAAGCUCAUGUCACCUUCUAUGAUUCCCUUGUUGCGUUUGUUAUUUCCAACCACUCACAUCAAUGCUAUUGGUGAGAUGGAUAAGUUUUUGUCUUCCUGUAAGUCAGUAGCAUGAGUCCUACAUUAUGUCUUAUUGAAGAAACGGUAUGUCUUGGUAAUUUAUUCUUGGUGUAGCUCUUUUCGUCUUUUAGAAGUUAGGUGUUGUAAAUAUGAAGGGAAAGAACGGGUAGUGUAUUCGGAAUGUUGCCAGAAAAUUGUCUACAUGGGGGUGGAAAAUUGACAAGAAAACUACAACAGUUACGAGUAUGUAACGUAAGAGAGAGGCAUGAGUAUGUACUAAGGCACCAUCAAAUUUUGCAGCUGCUUCCCCAUGAAAAUAUCCGUUGCAUUUCCGUAGGUUUGGUGCCAAAUGGAAUUGACCCUUAAAUCUU